AUGCCCACUGGAACGGAAUCAUUGACCCGCAUCGAGAACGAGCGAGUAGACGUACCUCCUGAGGACCGCCCGUAUCCCGAGCAUGGACCUUCGAUGGACUGGGCAGCUCUUUUGUCGACUGAGACUCCGGAGAUUCCCAUGGAUUCUGACCUAGAUCUGCGAAGCCAACUGCCUGACCCAAUUCCUUUCUCAAUGGUCUUCGACUCGCCUCAGCAACGCCAGACGGUGCUAGAUGCUGCCGGAGUUCCAUGGCAGCGAAAUAACGCCCACUUGUUUGGACCAGAGAACCUAGGCGCUUUGGUCACCAUACCGGAUCCAGAUGAUGAAUAUCGCACAAGUGACAUUCAGUUGCUUGGGGCUUUCAGGAAUUGUCCGGCACGAAAAGCCCGGCCAUUCUAUCAAGACAAACCCCUCGCCCCGCGAAUUCCUAGAUCCGUGGCAACAUGUUUCACAGCCAAAGUGCUGCUCGGCCAGAUCUUGUCUUAUCCAGUGAUGAUGAUCAAGGGUGGUCGGCUGCCGCCUUUCAUAUUCCCACCUUGCGUCAUUGAGGGGUCAAAGUCCAUGGCUGGAUGUUGCGAUAAGGAGUUUCACCAGUGUCUGCCAGAACCGCUGGCCAUCUGUUGCAACCUAGUCCAGAGCUUUGAUCAGAGGACUCAGGGGAGCGCGGAUUUUGUGUGGAAGAGUAUAUAUAGUGAAGUAGCCAGGCUCAGGCGAGAGCUUUUACAAGCUCUCCAGGCUGUGGUAAUAUAUGUGCUGCUUCAAGCGAAUGAUCUCAAAUCAAUACCAAAUAACGAUAUUGUAGCGCUUCUAGUAGUACCCAACUUGCUAGCCAGAUCACUCCACUUGUCCCUAGAUUACGAAAUCAACUUGGCAAAGAGGCCUGACUUGGGUCGUCGGGGCUGGAUCCUCCGCGAGAGUAGCAGGAGAACAAUCUGCCUUUUGUUUGGCAUUGAGCUUUUGAUGGACGUGGACAUGAAUGCUGAAGACCCGGCGGACUGCGGUGGCUAUCGUCUUUUGCCACUUCCAUCCGGGAGAGACUUGUGGGAGACAGUGUCCAGCGAUGAGUGGGCGGCACGAUUUAGGAAGUUGCGGGCUGAGUCUGGCGAUGAGAAGGUUCUGAGUAUCCAGGAUCUUCGAACGGCUAGAAGAGCCUUGGUGGGAGACUUUUCAGAUCAGAGCCAGGAGCGACAGCUUGUAUCCCAAGUGGCAAAGUGGUGCGAGGGUCUGGAUGAGUUCGGCAUGAUGGUAUGGAUGGCUGUUAUGCUAGAAUGA